AUGGUUUCUUCACAACUGGACGAUCACUUGAUUCAUCGGCGAUAUUAUUAUUAUGAUCCAAAAAGGGAUUUCGCUAAUCUUCGUGAUGGAAGAGUUAUACCUGAUGAAGAAAGAGAAUUGAUUCACAUUCAAUAUAUGCCUGUGAAUGAUGAUAAUGAUAGUGAUGACGACGAUAAUAAUAAUUCUGGUAAUGAAAGCAAUGAGAGAGAAAGUGAAGCGGAAACAUACAUAAGUGAUGAACAACUUCCAUCACUAUCAGAUGAUGAUAGUAUUAUUCACUGGGACGAUGAUAUGGAUCCUAAUGAAUUGCUACCACGGUUGGUUCAUGGUGAUAACAGUGAUAACGAUGAUGAUGAAUUUGUUAACAGAAGUGGAAAUUUGACCAAUUCACGAACUGCUCAAACAAAGCUAAUUAUUUUUUCUUUUGGUUUUUUUUUUUGUAGGAUUGAAGAUUUUACCAUUUCUGAAUAUUAA